AGCUGUGCUUGCUGGCUCUUCCUGGACCUCACCGCCUUCAUCUCCAUCCAGAUAUGUGCGUGGUCGCUGGCUUUGUGCCCUGGGAAACUCCCGAGACGCCCUUCCUCACUCUGCUUUGCUCCCUUUUUGUUCUUCCAGGCUGGGACGGGGUGAAAUGGCAGCCUCUUCCUCAUCCUCUUCAGCUGGCGGAGUCAGUGGCAGCUCUGUAACAGGAUCGGGGUUCAGCGUUUCGGACCUGACGCCGCCCCGAAAAGCCCUCUUCACUUACCCCAAAGGAGCUGGGGAGAUGCUGGAAGAUGGCUCUGAAAGAUUCCUCUGUGAAUCUGUCUUCAGCUAUCAGGUUGCAUCUACAUUAAAGCAAGUCAAACACGAUCAACAAGUCGCACGGAUGGAAAAACUAGCCGGGCUGGUGGAAGAGCUGGAGGCAGAUGAGUGGAGGUACAAGCCAAUAGAGCAGCUCCUGGGAUUCACUCCCUCCUCGGGCUGAGCGUGUCUGGAUCGCUGCUGUCAGGGAGCAGAAGAAAAACAUUCUCUGGCCUGGCUUCAAAACACACCCUCAUUUAUCAGGAUGCUGACAGCUGCAUCGGUGGGACUGGGCUUCUUGUUGGUUGUUUUUUUUUUUUUUAAGUUGAGAGUGGGGAUCCCCCAUAAAGCUGCCAGUAAAUAGAAAUGACAGGAUCCUUUAAGUCCU